AUGACUGUCUCCUAUUCCAGUGCUGUGGCCACUGCUUCGCACAGUGCGUUAUUCCGAUUGCUAGGAAGGUGGAAAGGCAGUAUUUACAAGCUUAUCUGGGCCGAUUUACUGAUUUUUUGUAUCUUUUAUUCCACUAUCGCGCUUGCUUAUCAUCUCAUACCAAUAACGUCCCCAGAGUUGCUGGAACUGCAUCGACAAAUUAGUAACUUUCAUGCAUACGUCAGCCUGAAUACGAAUUAUAUUCCACUUUCAUUCAUUCUCGGCUUUUUCGUCAGCCUUGUCGUUAAGCGAUGGAGAGAUCAAUUUAAUUGUCUUCCGACGCCUGAUGGCGUGAGCCUUCUUGUGUGUUCUUUUGUACAAACUCCUAAGAACGUGCAAUCUCCCGGGGACCAAUCCGUUCUUAACGAUGCGGUUGCGACAAUACGACAAACAGUGACGCGUUACGUAAAUCUUGCAUCGGUGCUCUGUUUUCAGGAUAUUGCCCCAAAUGUAAAAGAAAUAUAUCAGAAUCCAGCAAGCUUUGUGUCAAGCGGUUUCAUGACGGAGCGUGAGCUUGAAUUUUUUGGGCAGGUAGACCCCCGAUUUAGCCCAUUCUAUAUACCACUCAUGUGGAGCAUCACCGUCCUCAAACAAGCAUACGCUAACGGAUUUAUAGCUCACGAACAUUUCUUAAUUGAUUUAAUUCAAGAAAUUCGGAAGUUCCGUCGCCGUCUUUUCGCUCUGACCAAUUAUGAACGUGUCCCUGUUCCACUGGUUUAUACACAGGUCGUUAACAUUGGAGUCUAUGCGUUCGUGGUGGUUUCACUCAUCUCUGGACAAUUUGUCAAGGUGCUGCCUCAAAUUCCAUCCAACCUGACAGUCAACAUGAGUAAUCCGCAAUUCACAUUGACAUCAUCUGAGACGACGGACCCACCAGUCCCAAUAAUAUAUGUGCCUAUUUUUUGUCUUUUGCAAGUUGCUUUUUAUUUGGGAUGGUUGAAGGUAGCUCAAUCUCUCCUUAAUCCAUUCGGGGACGAUGAUGAGGAUUUUGACCUCAUACCAUUGAUGGAGCGUAAUUUGACAAUAAGCCUCUGGAUGGUCGAUCUGCAGCAUGCUAUGCCGGACACUCAAGCUGCUACCGGUAGUAGUCAUGAUCGUCGCGUUUCACUCGCAUAUCCUGUUGACAAUCUUUUGUUCCAUCAAUAUGCAACAGAAGGCGACCCUCUGCUGGAAUUACUGACUUCAUCAGAAGAUUUGCGUAUUCCUGAAACCCUGAAUCCGCUUUCAGCAGAAGAUGCUCAUGCAGCGGCGCGUUCAUCUGAGCGCCGUGGAAGCAGAGUAGUGGAAGGCAUGAUAAAUAUGGAAAGACGAGCCUCAAGAUCGGUCGCAGUAAGUAAAAUGUUAAAGCGUUAA